GAGGGGGGCCAUGACUCUAAAAUGAGUCUCUCUGGGGAGAGAGAGGAGGGGGGCCCUGCCUCUAAAAUGAGUCUCUCUGGGGAGAGAGAGGAGGGGGGCCCUGCCUCUAAAAUGAGUCUCUCUGGGGAACAUGACACCAAAGCUAAGAGCCCAAUCAAGCAGGAGAGACCAGCCUCCCCUGUUCCCAGCUGUGUGUCCAUGAAGAGUGACUGGUCUAUGGGUCAUCCUCUAAACUUUAGAGAGGGAGACUUUUCUACUGAACAAAGAAACCAACAGGAGAGAUCAGAGUCAGAGAUUCUCAGUGGUCAGUCUUCCCAGAGUCAUCAAACAGACCUGGCCUCCAUAUUCAGUUUGCUUGAAGAGAAAAUUCUGACAUUUGUGAAGAACAAGUUGAAGAUGUUCAAGAGGAUUCUUAGUCCAGAACUCCCAGAAGGCUUUGAGAGUCAGAAGCAGGAUAAGGAAGUGGUGGACGCUGAAGAUGAGAAGCAGGAGAGCAGUGCCAGAGAGGGGGCUCUGAAGAUCACACUGCACGUCCUGAGGGAAAUGAACCAGAAGGAGCUUGCUGACACACUGGAGAAAUAUGAGCUUGCUGUGAUUUGCCAACGUGAACUCAAAUCUAAUCUAAAGAAGAAGUUUCAAUGUGUAUUUGAGGGGAUCGCUAAACAAGGAAACCCAACACUUCUCAAUAAGAUCUACACAGAGCUCUACAUCACAGAGGGUGGAACAGGAGAGGUCAAUAAUGAACAUGAGCUGAGACAGAUUGAGACAACAACCAGGAAACAAGCAAGACCAGAGACUCCAAUCAAAUGUAACGACAUCUUCAAACCCUUAACUGGACAAGACAAACCUAUCAGAACUGUGCUGACAAAGGGAGUCGCCGGCAUUGGAAAAACAGUCUCUGUGCAGAAGUUCAUUCUGGACUGGGCUGAAGGAAAAGCAAAUCAGGAUGUCCAAUUUGUAUUUUCAUUCCCUUUUCGGGAGCUGAAUUUGAUGAAAGAGGACAAACACACUUUCAUUGAACUUCUCAAUCACUUCUCAAUGGAAACCAAACAAUCAGGAAUCUCCAACUUCAACAAGUACAAAGUUCUGUUCAUCUUUGAUGGUCUGGAUGAGUGCCGACUGCCCCUAGACUUCCAGAAGAACAAGAUCUGUUGUGACGUCACAGAGUCAACCUCAGUGGAUGUUCUGCUGACAAAUCUCAUCAAGGGAAAUCUGCUUCCCUCUGCUCUCCUCUGGAUAACUACCCGACCUGCAGCAGCCAAUAAGAUCCCUUCAGGGUGUGUUGACCAGGUGACAGAGGUACGAGGGUUCAAUGACCCACAGAAGGAGGAGUACUUCAGGAAGAGAUUCAGUGAUGAGGACCUGGCCAACAGAAUCAUCUCACACAUAAAGACAUCAAGGAGCCUCCACAUCAUGUGCCACAUUCCAGUCUUCUGUUGGAUUUCUGCAACAGUCCUUGAACACAUGCUGAAACAUAAGAGAGAAGAGAUGCCCAAGACUCUGACUGAGAUGUACACACACCUUGUGGUGUUUCAUAUCAAACAGAAGAAUGAAAAGUAUCUUGGGAAAGAAGAGACAGGUCCACACUGGAAUAAAAAGAGCAUUCUGUCACUGGGAAAACUGGCUUUUCAACAGCUUGUGAAAGGCAAUCUGAUUUUCUAUGAAGAAGACCUGAAAGAGUCUGGCAUUGGUGUCAGUGAAGCCUCAGUGUACUCAGGAUUGUGCACACAGCUCUUUAAAGAGGAAUGUGGGCUGUACCAGGACAAGGUGUACUGCUUUGUUCAUCUGAGCAUUCAGGAGUUUCUGGCUGCUGUAUAUGUGUUCCUCUCAUUCACCAACAACAAUGAGAAUCUAAUGGACAAACUGCAAACAAAAGACGAGUCUGAAGUUACUGUCUACAAGAGUGCUGUGGAUAAAGCCUUACAAAGUGAGACAGGAAACCUGGACCUUUUCCUCCGCUUCCUUCUGGGCCUCUCACUGGAGUCCAAUCAGAAGCACUUACAAGGUCUACUGACAAAGACAAGAAGCAGCUCACAGACCCAUGAAGAAACAGUCAAGUACAUCAAGGAGAAGAUCAGGGAGAAUCCUUCUCCAGAGAGGAGCAUCAAUCUGUUCCACUGUCUGAAUGAACUGAAUGACCAUUCUCUAGUGGAGGAGAUCCAAAGCUACCUGAGAUCAGGAAGUCACUCAGAAGACAAACUGUCACCUGCACAGUGGUCAGCUCUGGUCUUUGUGUUGCUGACUUCAGAAAAGGAGCUGGAUGUGUUUGACCUGAAGAAAUACUCCAGAUCAGAGGAAGGUCUUCUGAGGCUGCUGCCAGUGGUCAAAGCCUCCAGAGCUGUUCUGCUGUCAGGCUGUGGAGUCACAGAGGAAGGCUGUGCUUCUCUGGUCUCAGCUCUGGAGUCAAACCCCUCACCCCUGAGAGAGUUGGACCUGAGUAACAAUGACCUGAAGGAUUCAGGAGUGGAGCUGCUCUCUGCUGGACUGGGGAAUCCCCACUGUAAACUGGAGACUCUGAGGCUGUCAGGCUGUCUAGUCACAGAGGAAGGCUGUGCUUCUCUGGUCUCCGUUCUGGAGUCAAACCCCUCACACCUGAGAGAGCUGGAUCUGAGUAACAAUGACCUGAAGGAUUCAGGAGUGAAGCUGCUCUCUGCUGGUCUGGGGAAUCCCCACUGUAAACUGGAGACUCUGAGGCUGUCAGGCUGUCUAGUCACAGAGGAAGGCUGUGCUUCUCUGGUCUCAGCUCUGAGUUCAAAUCCCUCACACCUGAGAGAGCUGGAUCUGAGUAACAAUGACCUGAAGGAUUCAGGAGUGAAGCUGCUCUCUGCUGGACUGGGGAAUCCCCACUGUAAACUGGAGACUCUGAGGCUGUCAGGAUGUCUAGUCACAGAGGAAGGCUGUACUUCUCUGGUCUCAGCUCUGGAGUCAAACCCCUCACACCUGAGAGAGCUGGACCUGAGCUACAAUCACCCAGGAGACUCAGGAGUCAGACUGCUCUCUGCUGGACUGGAGGAUCCACACUGCAGACUGGAGAAACUCAAUGUGGAACAUGGUGGAGAGAACAGAAUGAAACCUGGGCUUAGAAAAUAUGUCUGUGAUCUCACACUGGACCCAAACACAGUAGACAGACACCUCUCUCUGUCUGAGGAGAACAGAAAGGUGACAUGUAGGAGAGAGGAGCAGCCGUAUCCUGAUCACCCAGAGAGAUUUGAGGACAAUGAACAGGUGCUGUGUAGAGAGGGUCUGACUGGGCGCUGUUACUGGGAGGUAGAGUGGAGUGGGAGAAGGGCUGUUAUAGGAGUGACAUAUAAAGGAAUCAGCAGGAGAGGAAGAGGUGAGGACUGUUGUCUUGGAUACAAUGACAAGUCCUGGAGUCUGGACUGCUCUGACAACAGUUACAGAGCCUGGCACAAUAAUAAUCCCACUACCAUAGACAUCCCCUCCUCCAGCUCCCACAGAGUAGGAGUGUAUCUGGACUGGCCAGCCGGCACUCUGUCCUUCUAUAGAGCCUCCUCUGACACACUGAACCACCUGAUCACAUUCACCUCCUCAUUCACUGAGCCCCUCUAUCCAGGGAUUAGGAUUUAUGGUGACUCCUCAGUGUCCCUGAAAUAAUAACAUGACACUGGACACACACACACACUGGACACACACACACUGGACACACACACACACACACACUGGACACACACACACACACACGCUGGACACACACACUGGACACACACACACACACUGAACACACACACACACACACGCUAGACACACACACACACACACGCUAGACACACACACACACACACACACACACACACACACACACUGAACACACACACUGAACACACUGAACACACACACUGGACACACACACACACACUGGACACACACACACACACUGAACACACACACACACACACGCUACACACACACACACACACACACACACACACACUGAACACACACACUGGACACACACACACACACUGAACACACACACACACACACACGCUAGACACACACACACACACACACUGAACACACACACUGAACACACAUACACAUACUGGACAAACACACACACUGGACAAACACACACACACACACUGAACACACACACACACGCUAGACACACACACACACACACACUGGACAAACACACACACACACACACACACAAUUGGACACAGACACACACACUGGACAAACACACACACACACACACUGGACUCACAAACACACACACACACACACACUGGACUCACAAACACACACACACACACACACACACUGGACUCACAAACACACACAAUUGGACACACACACUGGACAAACACACACACUGGACUCACAAACACACACACACACACACACACACACUGGACAAAAACACACACACUGAACACACACACACACACGCUGGACACACACACACACACACACUAGACAAACACACACACACUGGACAAACAAAAUACACACACACUCACGCUAGACACACACACACACUGAACACACACACACACACUGGACAAACACUGGACAAACACACACACACACAGGACAAACAAAAACACACACACACACACACCUGGACAAACAAUUAACACACACACACACACACACACUGGACACACACACAGACUGGAUACACACAUUGGACACACACACAUGCGCGUCUUCCUAUAAUUGUGACCUUGACCCAGGACCUCUUACAAUAACAUGUAUUUUAUGUUGAAUAACAAAUAAUAAUGAAUAACAAAUUGGACAAUUAUAGGAUAUAUUGUACUUUUCAUAAUAAAACAUACUUGAAACAAGAAAA